AUGGGGGCGAGUGAGAGGAGGGAGGGCUUACCGGCGGGCGUCCAGGCGGGGUCAUGGCCAGCACCUCAGCCUCCGCCCCCUGAGACCCGCUCCCCGCCAGCCCCACCUUCAGGAGGAACACACCCCGCCCCUCCCCCGGCAGCCACUCCCCCAGCUGCCCCGCUUGAGCCGCCAUCGUUCGACACCCGCGCCUCCGGAAACGUGACGACGCUGUUGGGCGGGACGGCGACGCUGAGGUGCCGCGUCACGAACCUCGAGAACAAGACGUCAGUUACUCUCAUCAUCCUCUCAUUUAUAACCCUCUCAAUGUGUUCCCUCACGCCCCUCUUCCCCCAGGUGUUCCCUCACGCCCCCUUCCCCAGGUGUUCCUCGCCCCCCUACCCCAGGUGUUCCCUCACGCCCCCCUCAACCAGGUGUUCCCUCACGCCCCCCGUCCCCAGGUGCACCCUCACGCCCCCCUCCCCCCGGUGUUCCCUCACGCCCCUUCCCCAGGUGUUCCUCACGCCCCCUCCCCAGGUGCACCCUCACGCCCCCACCCCCAGGUGCACCCUCACGCCCCAAUCCCCCAGGUGUUCCCUCAUGCCUCCCUCCUCCCAGGUGUUCUCUCACGCCCCCCUCCCCCAGGUGUUCCCUCACGCCCCCCUCCCUCAGGUGUUCCCUCACGCCCCCUCCCCCAGGUGUUCCCUCAUGCCUCCCCCCCCCAGGUGUUCCCUCACGCCCCCUCCCCCAGGUGCACCUCACGCCCCCUCCCCAGGUGUUCCCUCACGCCCCUCCCCAGGUGUUCUCACGCCCCCCCCCAUGUGUUCCCUCACGCCCCCCUCCCGCAGGUGUUCCCUCACGCUCCCCUUCCCCCAGGUGUUCCCUCACGCCCCCCUCCCCCAGGUGUCAUGGAUCCGCCACCGGGACCUGCACCUGCUGUCCGUGGGCCGCUUCACCUACACGUCUGACCAGCGGUUCGUGGCCCGUCACUCCCCCGCCACCGCCGCCGCCGCCGCCGCCGCCCCCCAGGAGUGGCUGCUAAUCAUCCACCACCUGCAGGAGCGGGACGCAGGCCUCUACGAGUGCCAGAUAUCCAGCACGCCGCCGCGCAGCCACCUCAUCCACCUGGCCGUCGUGGAGCCCGAGACCGCCAUCGUGGGGGGCCCGGACGUGUACCUCAACACCGGGAGUCAGCUGGCGCUCACCUGCACCAUCAGGUUCAGCCCCGAGCCGCCCGCCUUCAUCCUCUGGUACCACGGCGACAAGGUGGGUGGGGAGGGGGGGAAGAAAGGGUGGGUGGAUGAGUGUAUGGAUGGAUAA